UUGGCUAUGUCUAUUAUGCGCCUUUGAGCGUUCUUCAAUGUGGUUCUUUGGUCACGGAGGCUCUCCAAGAUCCCAGCACCAGACCGCAGCAUAUCAUCCAUCCCCCGAUUUGCAUUCUGCAGUAGGAAAAGAUAAGCAGUUGGACGGUACUGAUCCGGGCGACGCAUAGUGCGCCUCCGCGAUUGUCACCGCGUCUCGCCCACGCACUACAUCGGCUGCUUCGCGACCCUCGUCUGCGCGCCCUGCUCCAGGAGACUGACCGCCACCUCGCCAAGCCCGCUCUGCUGCACGGCGGUGAGCGCCAUGCCGCGCCUCCACCCCCUGCUGUCGCUGGCCGUCGUCCUGCUGGCCGUCAGCCUGGCGACGGCUUCGCGCGAGCCGCACGUGAUCAACGGCUUCAAGCCCGCGGCCGUGGACCCCGCCAAGCAGUCGACGCACCGCGUGGACGCCGAGCCCAGCGACCCCGUCGACGUGGACGAGGACGGCGUGCCGGGCUACGGCCUCAACGGGGCGCACGGCGACCUCACGCCCUGGCUGCCCUCGCAGCCGUCCUGGCAGCUGCCGCAGCGACAGCCGCUGCAGCAGGUCCAGCAGGUCCAGCAGGUCCAGCAGCCACCGCAGCAGCCACCGCACGCACAGGAGGCGCAGUCACCGCAGGAGUUGACAGAGCUACCGCAGAUGCAGCAGGUCCUGGUCCAGCACGCGCCCCAGGCGCAGCACGCGCAGCACGUGCAGCAGGAACAGGACGGCAACAUGAUGCGCGUCAUCCACAGGCCGGGCGCCGGGCCCACCCCUUCAGCGCACUACAUCGUGAACCGCCCGGCUGCCGGUGACCGCAUCGACACCCUGGUGGAGACCAGCAAGCCACCGCCACCUCCGAAGAAGCCUCAGCGGCCCGCCGCCGCCGCCGCGCCGGGCACCGUGUCGGAGACGGACAUGUACCUGUUGGGCGCCAUCGAGAAGCUCGUCUACCGCGUCGACUUCCUGGAGAAGCGGCUCCGGCGCACGGAGGAGCUGGUGUACUACUUGAUGGAGGGCGCCGGCAACAAGCAGGAGCAAGAAGCCGAGCCGUGCCCGAAGGACUUCACCCGCGCCGGCAGGCACUGCUACCACUUCUCCGGCCGCGACCUCAACUGGAAGUCGUCCUCCUCGGCCUGCAAGGCCAUGGACUCGAUCCUCGUCGAGGUCAUCGCCCCCGAGGACAAGCGCGACCUCGUCAACUGGAUCACCGCCCACCAGGAGUUCAGAGGCCGCGACUUCUGGACCGGAGGGCUGAACCCCGGGCUGCUGUGGAUCUGGGCGAACAGCGCGCGGCCCGUGUCCUCGUCGUCCAGCGCGGGCAACGGCACCAGCAGCAACGCCAUCAAGAACCCCGGCGGCGAGGACAUCCCCGGCAACGGGCGCUGCCUCAAGCUCGCCUACAACCCUGCCACGCGCCAGUACAACUACCAGGGCGGCGACUGCUCGGCGCGGUUCCGCUUCAUCUGCCAGCUGGAGGAACCGACCGCCUCGCGCGCCCUGUCCCGCAUCCACAAGUCACUCAACAUCCGCGUCGACGGGGACUCGAACCCGCCCCCCGCCGUGUGAACGCAGCGGAACGCAGCGGGGCUGGCGCUGGCGGGCAACCAUGGCUUUGCCACUCCCAACAUUUUCUGGUGUAAAUCCCUUCAGAGAUUCCGGAUGCUUUCCCAAAGAUUUCCGACGUGCCCCUUGAGAUUCCAACGGUUUGCCUAAAGACUCCCGGAGUGGCGCCCGCUUCGCCGAAGGGGGAUUCGAUUGUCUAGUCACAGGCGCGUCGCACGCAGCUGCGGCAAGCGGUUGUUGAAGGAGAAGGAGGUGUUUUUGCGGUUCGCUUUAGUGUCUCAUUCCGACAGUAUGUAAAUAAGUGUCAAUUUAUUUAAAUAAAUUAUUUUUCGACCAA